AUGGAAUUGAAGCCUUUGGCGGAGAUUCUCACUCGGACCAUUGAAGAUCAUCAUUUGUUGUUGAUGGAAGAUCAAGAUCGUCUGAAGCCUUCGGAUUACAUUGAUGAAGACGACAUUUGGAGGAUCCUGUACAAGAUAUAUACAAUUGAUGCUAUUGAUGAUGUAUUCAAAAUCCUUGGCUGUGAUAUCUUACCGGGUGGAGUCGAGAAAAUUUACAAAUGCAUUGCGGAAUGGAAGUUGGACAGUGUGGGUGUUCAAGCGAUCCGUGAAAUGCGUACACGGGAAGCUGCCAUAAGGGUCCAACAGGCUGAGACCCUUGCUAGACUUCAAAAGCAACAAGAAGAGCGAGAGAAAAAGGCUCAAGAAGCACGUACAUUAAAGGAAGAAAAGAAAAAAAGGCUUAGUGUAGACCGCCUUGCGGAAAGCGCUGCAAAGAAAAUUCGGAAAGAAGAAAGUCAAAAGCGAAAGGAUUCAGUAGCACACGCAAAAGCCAUUCAAGAAGCAAAUCGAGCAGCAAAUGCACGAAUGAUUGCAGGUUUGGCUGCUGGGAAAUCUAUGUUUGUUUCAAAUAUUUUGUAA